AUUAUUAAUAAAGGUACUGAUAAGUGUGUGAGAUCACUGAUCAUCACUGUAUUCUGCUGCUGAAGAGAGAAUCUCCCUGAGUUUGCUCUGCAGCAGCAUUUGACCUCAGGUGCAGGAGUUGUUGUUCGUCACAAUGAGGUUUCUGAUCUCACUGUGUGUGUCACUACUACUGCUGAUUAAUGGUGAAAUAAUCAAUGGACAAGCUUCAGAUCCUACAACUUCCAGCUUUGAUCCCUGCUAUAAUUAUAACAUUCUUGAUGAAUACUGGAGAGACAUACGAAAAACCUAUUACUAUGACCAUGAUGACACCCUUGUUGAAUGGAGUGGCUGGUAUCGGCUGUAUUUGAAUGGAGAAAGUGCCCAGAUGUCUGAGUGGUGUGUGAGUUCUACGGCAUGUGGUGGUUACACUGGACUGUAUCUCAGCAGUUCUCAUCCAACAAUUGAGGAUGGAGUGGUGACCCGUGAAGUUGUGGGAACUAAUGCAUGGUGGUGGUACAGUAAUUCCAAUCAGUGUGGCACUUACACAUCCAUUUCCAUCCAAGUCAAAGCCUGUCCAGGAGAGUAUUACGUCUAUGAAUUUGUCAAACCCAUCACAUCAGCCUUCAGGCCUUUGUACUGUGCAGUUGCCUUCCAAAGCAUCAGCAGUGAUCCCUGCUACAACUAUGAGUCUCUGGAUCGUCCCUGGAGAGCCAACAAUGAAAGUGGAGACUGGAUUUGUGAUAACUCUUUCUCCUGGAAUGGCUGGUACCGGCUUUUCUACUAUGGAAUGAACAUCCAGAUGCCAGAGACCUGUGUUAAUUCAUACAGCUGUAACACAUACAAUAAUCUGUGGCUCAAUGGUCCUCACCCUCAGAUAGAGGAUGGAGUGGUGACCAGAGAGGUCUGUGCAGGGUCUUAUUGGAGCAGCUGCUGUAAUUACAAGACAAACCCUAUCAGAGUGAAAGCUUGUCCAGGCAAUUACUAUGUCUAUGAACUUGUGAAUCCACAAAUCUGGUGUUCAGGAUACUGCACAGAUGUCAGCACCAUUUCACAGGCAGCUCCCACUGUAAGUCCACAUAUAAUCACUGGAUCCAGCAUCACCUCGAAUUAUGAUCCAUGUGAAAACUACAACAUACUCAACAACUACUGGAGAAGCACAUUCAACUACUGGUCUAUGUAUGGUUACAUCUCUGAUCAUGAUGACACUCUUGUAGAAUGGGAUGGCUGGUAUCGACUCUUCAUUGAUGGAUCAAGUGCUCAGAUGCCUGAGUGGUGUUUUUAUUACAUGUCAUGUGGUGGUAUUAGCUCUUUGUGGCUUGGUGGCUCUCAUCCUCAGCUAGAAGAUGGAGUUGUUACCCGUGAAAUUUACGGCUCACGACAUGAUCAGUGCAGUCGCCACAGAUCUGAGCCAAUCCAAGUCAAAGCUUGUCCUGGAGAUUAUUAUGUCUACAAAUUUACCAGGCCAACUCUUUCAGUCCCAGCUCCUGUAUAUUGUGCAGUACCUUUCUCCACUCCAAGUGUUGAUCCCUGCUACAACUACACCAGUCUGGAUGAGCCUUGGAGAGCCACUGACAACUAUAGUAACUAUUACUACAAUGAAGUGUGUGAUUAUAAUGUGGAGUGGAAUGGCUGGUACAGGCUGUUCUACAAUGGUCAAAAUGCCCAGAUGCCAGAAUCAUAUGUUAGUUAUGGCAUGUGUGGCACUUAUACCCCACUGUCACUCAAUGGCCCUCAUCCACAGCUGGAAGAUGGAGUGGUCACCCGUCAAGUCUGUAUCUCCUCAUGGAGUGGCUCUUGUGAUUACAAAUCCCACCCUAUACGAGUCAAAGCCUGUCCUGAAAAUUACUAUGUUUAUGAGUUUGUCAAGCCAAUAGUUUGCAGUGCAUACUGUAUAGAAGCCUCAAAUCAGUCUAUCGAAUCAGUGUCUACAACAUCAGAGACAAUCCCAUCUGUAGAAUUCAUUACUCCACCAAUCACAACCACUGCUCCCCCUGUUGACCCCUGCUACAACUACAGUGUCCUGGAUGAUCCAUGGAGAGCCACCAGCAAUCAACAUUCCUCUCAAAUAACGUGUGACACUUGGGUCAACUGGAACGGCUGGUACCGUCUCUUCAUUCAGGGUCAGAGUGUUCAGAUGCCAGACAUAUGUGUUGAUGAGUAUAGUUGUGGCACUCAUGCUCCACUGUGGCUGAAUGGAGGACAUCCAACAGUUGAGGAUGGAGUGGUCACUCGAGAUGUCUGCGGUCACUGGGACAAUAACUGCUGCUAUUUCCAAUCCAACCCCAUUAAAGUCAAAGCCUGUCCAGGAGAUUAUUAUGUCUAUGAGUUUGUGAGCCCAACUGCUUGCCAUUUGGCAUACUGUGCAGACAAUGGAAACAUUAUUACAGGGCUAUUUUAUCCAUUUGGAACUGGAGACACAGUGAACGGACGCAUUGAUGAUGGGAGUUCAUCAAUCAUAUACCUGCAGCAGCCAUUCAUAUUUUUUGGACAAACAUACAACCAAAUUUAUGUCAACAACAAUGGACACUUGACUUUUGACAGGGCAUGGGGCAGCUACACUCCAUACCAGUUCCCAGCAUAUGGAGGGAAAGACCUAAUUGCUCCUUUCUGGACAGAUAUUGACAACCGUUGGAAUGGUGUCAUCUCAUAUCAACAGUACACCUCUGGCAGUGUCCUUACACAGGCAACCCAAGACAUAAACCAGUACUUCCCUGACUUGAGUUUCUCAGCUUCAUGGGUCUUUGUUGCAACAUGGGAUAGAGUUGCAUACUACCCCUAUUCAGGAACUGAAACAUCUUUCCAAGUGGUUUUGAUUUCAAAUGGCCAUCUUUCAUUUGUUGUAAUGAACUAUGGUGCAAUUGCUCCAACCCAACGAUAUGUACAGGCUGGUUAUGACACUAUCGACUCAAGUCAUCAUUUCUCAAUUACUGGAUCACUCCAGAAUGACAUCACAAGCCUACCACACAGCAGCAAUGUCAAUGUGCCAGGCAGAUGGGCCUUCAGAACAGAUCAUGGAUCACGGGGUUGUCAAUAUAAUGGUUUGCCAGUGCAGCUAGGAGACUCUUUCUGGAGUGAUGCUGCCUGCCAGGAAAGAUGCACCUGUACCAGCAGAGGCCUCCAGUGCAGCUUUGAGCCCUGUUCUUAUUCCCAAGCUUGUCGUCCUGCUGCUUUCCAAUACUCCUGUCAGAACAUUCAGCGACAAACAUGCACCAUCUCUGGUGAUCCUCACUACUACACCUUUGACAAUCAGAUUUUUCACUUUCAAGGAACCUGCACAUAUGUUCUGUCUGAGGCUUGUGGAAGUGAUUUGCCCUACUAUCGCAUUGAGGGCAAAAAUGAGCAUCGGGGUAGCACACAUGUGUCAUGGACUCGGAUGGUCAGAGUAUUUGUCUAUAAUGAAGAAAUUGAACUGGUCAAAGAUCAUUAUUAUGAGGCAAAGGUAAAUGGAACCUUCAUAGCAACACCAUUCACACUCCGCGAUGGCUCCAUCCAAGUCUAUCAGUCAGGUUUUUCCUUGGCCAUCAGUACAGAUUUUGGUCUCCUCGUUACAUAUGAUGCAUAUAGCUACGUCACCAUCUCUGUACCUUAUGACUACCAGAAUGCCACAUGUGGUUUGUGUGGGAACUACAACCUACAUCCUGAAGAUGACUUCCGUUCUAUCUCUGGGGAGAUCUUGAGCUCGGAUGUUGAAUUUGCCAACUCUUGGAAGGUAGAGGGAGACACAGAUCCUGAAUGCCAUGAUGUCACAUGCACAGGUUUAGCUUGCGCAGUUUGUACCGACAGUGAAAUGAGCCUUUACAGUGACAUAAAUCACUGUGGGAUACUAGGAGAUGUUUCGGGGCCUUUUGCAUCUUGCCACUCUGUAUUUUCACCACAGACCUACAUAGAGAACUGUGUCUAUGAUCUUUGCUUAGGAGGAGGGUACCAACCCAUUCUGUGCCAGGCUCUCAAUGUGUAUGCUGCUCAAUGCCAACAGCAGGGUGUACAACUAGGGCAGUGGAGACAGCCAAGCUUUUGUGGAAUUGAUUGUCCUGAGCAUAGUCAUUACGAGUCCCAAGGAACCAGCUGCCCUGCAACUUGCAGCAACCCAUCUGUCCCAGUAAACUGUCCCUUGCCCAGUCAGGAGAGCUGUAUUUGUGAUGAUGGGUACAUCCUCAGUGCUGGGCGAUGUGUGCCUGAAGCAAACUGUGGAUGCAUCUUUGAGGGCUUCUAUUACUCUGAGGGACAGUCUGUAGUGUUGGACGAGGACUGUGGGAGGCAAUGCGUUUGCAAUGGCAGGUCAAUGGAUUGCUAUCAGCACCAGUGUGGUCCAGCUGAAGCCUGUGGACUCCAUAAUGGUGUAAGAGGCUGCAGACCCAUCAGCUAUGCUACCUGCUCAGUUGAAAGCCUGGGUUCAUACCACACCUUUGAUGGACAAAUGUUCAGAUACCCAGGAGCUUGUGGACUGACCCUUGCACGAGUGAUGGGGCCAUCCCAACUGCCAUACUUUGUAUUGACAGUGGAGAAAGUACCUAGAGGCCUUCAAGACUUUUCCAGGUUCCUAAAGUUUGAGGCAGGAGGAACUCAUGUUUCCAUUGAACUGGGAGAAGGUAGCAAUGUACAGGUGGAUGGACAGAUGGUUGGUCUACCCAUCAGUGUUGGUUCCAGUCAGAUUCAUAUCUAUCACAGCAGUGCAAGAGGAUUUGUUUUGGAGACAAACUUUGGAGUGACCGUUAGAGCUGACUGGCCACACAUUGUCCGAAUCACUGCACCAACCACUUACAAUGGUACACUUGGAGGUCUGUGUGGGAACUUGAAUGGAAAUGUUGAUGAUGAAUUCUACAGCCCAGAUGGUGUCCUGCUGGAUGACUCCCAGCUAUUUGCAGACAGCUGGCGUGAUGGUUCCCUGUCAGCCCACUGUGUGGAUCCAAUAGACAUGUGGGAACCAGGACUUUAUCAGAACAGAAGUGAGUUCAGUGACCACUGCAGCAUCAUGGCCAUGAAUGAUGGACCAUUUGCUGAGUGCAGCAGAACACUAGACCCUUGGAAACGGAUUGAAGAUUGCAUUCAGAUGCUGGAGCAGACGGACGGUGCCAGGGAGGCUCUAUGUGAGGCCCUGCGAGGCUAUACACUGCACUGCCAACAGAAUGGCAUUGCAGUUGGAGAGUGGAGGAGUAUCACCCACUGUGAUCCCAACUGUCCAGCAAAUACCCAUUUUGAAUUGUGUGGCACAUCCUGCCCUGCUUCCUGCCCAAGUCUCUCAUUUCCCUUCCAGUGUACGCUGCCAUGCCAGGGGGGAUGUCAGUGCAAUGAUGGAUUGGUGCUGGAUGGAGAUCGCUGUGUUCCCCCAACUGGUUGUGGCUGCCGCUAUAAUGGACAUUAUCGGCAGCCUGGAGAACAGUUUUGGCAUGGUGAAGAAUGCCAGUUCCUGUGUGUCUGUGAUGGAAUCACUGGAAAUGUCCGUUGCACACCAUCAUCUUGCAGUGAACAGGAAAUCUGCCGUGUAGUGGAAGGAGUGUAUGGCUGCCAUCCUCGUCCACACGGUAGCUGUUAUGCUUCUGGAGACCCCCAUUAUAUCUCUUUUGAUGGAACAUAUUUUGACUUUCAAGGCUCAUGCCGAUAUGUACUGGCUGAAGUAUGUGAUGAUACUCGUGGUCUACCGCACUUCCAGGUAGAUGCAAGAAAUGAAGGAUUUCCUGAAUGGCCAGUGUCAAUAACUGUUGAAGUUUUUGUCAAUGUGUCUGGGCAUCUUGUGCACAUGUCACAGGACAUGAACAGUUAUUCUGCUGUUAAGGUUGAUGAAGAGAUCAGAAACCUCCCUGUCUACCUUGACUCUGGUCGAGUAUCUGUCUACUCCACAGGACAGUUUACAUAUGUCUUAACUGACUUUGGUUUCAGUGUCAGUUAUGGUGGUUUCUGGGCGGUAAACAUUAUAGUGCCAGCAGACUACAGUGGAACUGUGUGUGGCCUCUGUGGCAACUUUAAUGGCGAUCCCGGGGAUGACUUCCUCACUCCUUCAGGUGCUCUGGCAUCUUCAGUAGACCAGUUUGGGGCAGAAUGGAUGGUUGAGGAUGAAAUCUCAUGUGUUAACCAUAGAGACAAUUGUCCUAACUGUUGCAGAGAUGAGGAAACUCUUAACUCACGAGCCUUGUGUGAGAUCAUCAAGGACAACCAGGGUCCUUUUAGCUUCUGCCAUGGUUCUGUAGAUCCACAAGCCUACUUUGAUAGCUGUGUGUUUGAUGUGUGCAUUUCUGAGAACAGUAAUGAUGUUUUGUGUCGCUCUGUCCAAGCCUAUAUGAGUGCUUGUCAAUCUGCCAAUGCCAUUGUCUACCCCUGGAGAGAAAAUGCAAACUGUGUCAUGCACUGCUCAUCAAACAUGCCAAACAGCCAUUAUGAGGUGUGUGGCACAGACUGUGGCCAUACAUGCGCCAGCAGCAUUGAUGCUAGUUGUGAACACACAUGCUCAGAAGGUUGUUUCUGUGAUGAGGGAUUUGUGAGAAGUGGAGGACUUUGUGUACCAGUGGAGCAAUGUGGCUGCUUGUAUGAUGGAUUCUACUAUAAUAUCGGUGAACAAUUCUGGGAUUCAACAUGUUCUCAACGCUGUCAGUGUUUUGCUCCAAAUGAUCUACGCUGCUCUGCAUCUUCCUGCCCACCAGCCAUGGAGUGUGCAGUCAGAAAUGGACAUCGUGACUGCUAUAGUCCCAUGUCCACUUGCACAGUUUGGGGUGACCCCCAUUACAUCACCUUUGAUGGAGCUGUGGCCCACUUUCAGGGAACUUGUUCAUACGACAUUGCUCAGACCUGUGGUAACGUAACCGACAGUGAUCUGGAGUUCCGUGUGGUGGCCACCAACAGGCACCGUGGGAACAUGGUGGUAUCAUUUGUGUCUGCAGUGGAUGUUUGGUUGUCUCAGCAUGGACAACAGACACACAUCACAAUUGGGCAAAACAGGAGAGUUCAAGUUGAUGGAAAUGCCAUCGAAACAGCAGCAUAUCACAACAAUGAUCUUGUAGAGAUACAUGAGGAGCAGGGAUUCAUAAUUCUAAAUGCUUUCAAUGAAUUCAUUGUCCAUUUUGAUGGACAUAGCAGCCUUCUUGUCAGAGUGAGCGAAAGAUUUUAUGGAUCUCUAUGUGGAAUGUGUGGAAAUUUCAAUGGUAAUCCUGCAGAUGACAAAGUGCUGCGCAGUGGAGACCCCGCUCCUGAUGACGAUUCCUUUGGCCACAGCUGGAAAUCAGACACCAGCAUUUCAGGCUGUGGUGCCAGAGACCGGACUGGUAAUGUUGAUGAGUGUCCAUCCAGACAGAGAUAUUCUGAUCUCUGUAGUAUUAUCACCAACACCACCGGCCCCUUCCAGAACUGCCAUCUUCAUGUUGACCCUGCACCUUACUACUACUCUUGUGUGUAUGAUCUGUGUCUGUACACACGUGCAAAUGGCAUGUUAUGUUCAGCUGUUGAGGCCUAUCAGACAGCUUGUGCCAUCUUGGAGAUACAGAUCCCAGAAUGGCGCUCGGGUCUGCGGUGUGAUUUGGAAGAUCACUGUUCUGAGCUCAACUGCUCUGAGGAUGAAUGGUGUGGGAAGAAAAAUGGUGUUUAUGGCUGUUUAUGUAACGACGACCUACCCAGACCACAACCCGACUCUUUUGAUUUCUCAGAAACCUGUGAAAGCAGCUCUGGCUCCAUAUCUGUGUCUCGCUGUCAGCUCUUUGAGGCUGGUUUUCCAGCUGACUUCUUACACCUCAAUGAUCCCAGCUGCAAAGGAACGGUCCGGAAUGGCAGAGUGGAUUUCCAUUUUGAUAACGAUGAACACAUCUGUGGUACAAAUCUUGCGGCCAACGGCACUCACUUCAUCUAUAGUAACUUUAUUCUGGGGACACCGAGGUCAGAAGGUCUCAUCAGCAGAGAGAAAAUCCUUAAGCUUCCUUUCAGCUGUGUUUAUCCUCAAACACAAACACUUUCCAUGAAUGUGGAAAUCAACCCACUGGAGACCGUUGUGCACAAGACUCUUCCCGCUGGUGAAGGGAGAUAUCAGGUUCGGAUGAUUCCAUUUGAGGAUGAUGAGUUUACCCGGCCCUUCACUGGUAAAGUGGAUGCAGCGCUCGAACAUAAGAUGAAUGUGGAAGUUCGUGUUGAGGGGGUUGACAGCCGCCAGUUUGCCCUGGUGAUGGACACGUGUUGGGCUACACCUGUGAAUGAUCCUGAUUACAGUCUCCGCUGGGAUCUCAUCAUUAAUGAGUGUCCCAAUCCAAACGACGACACGGUGGUGCUGCUGCAGAACGGCGUGUCAAUGUCUAGCCGUUUCUCCUUCAGGAUUUUUAUCUUCACUGCAAACUCCACUAAGCUUUACCUGCACUGUGGUGUUCACCUUUGCCUUCUGUCAAGCAAUCGCUGCUCAACGGACUGUAACGUUGGACAUCAGCGGAGAGGGCGCAGGUCUCUGGACUUCCAUGACAGUGCUUCCAUAUCCAUGGGUCCUCUGAUGUGGUCUGAAGACAAGUGAGUUCCAGAGGGAGUGAAGGUAUCUGAGACUUCUUCCUCUGAUGAGUUUCCUGACCCUCUUUUAAUUAGUUUCAGUGCGACAUUAUACAUGCAUAUUGCCAUUUUAUUUACUGUAGAACUGAUGGCACACUGGUUUUGGGUUUCAUAACUGUUAUUUUAUGUUCCAUUAAGAGUAAAUUGUGUACAUUAAUUGUGAUAUACUGCAUGUGCUGCAACAAUAAAGACCAUCAGCUUCAUGUUCAAAUCAUGCAAAAACAAAAUUGAAUCAUUCCUGUUCAGCAGUUCUUUUUUAAUUUUCUAACAUUUAAAAAAUGCCUUAUGUAGUAGUAAGGAAAUACUUUUAUUUACACUAGUGAAACUAAAACAUGUGAUAUGAUCUA